AAACUGUUAACGAUCCGAUCUGUCAGCAACGAUCCGUCAAUAAUGGAACACCCCGUCAAUGAUAGCGAGCAGAUAGCUCAAGAUACACCUGUAGUUGAUCAGGAAGUCGCUAAACCACAGCUCGAGAAGGACCAAGUCUUGACCUUGGUCAUUGAUUCCGCUCCACUUCUGAAAGGCACUCCACUUCGACACCUUGCUCAACGAUUCUGCACCAUUCCCGAGGUCGUUGGUGAAAUCAGAGAUAAGAAUGCCCGUGAGCACAUUAAGAAACUGCCUUUUGAACUUGAGCUCAUCACUCCUUCCGAUGAAGCUAUCAAAGCAGUUGUCGACUUUUCUCGCAAAACCGGUGAUUUCUCCACUCUCUCCAGCGUUGAUUUGAAGGUGCUUGCAUUGACCUAUAUGCUGGAGGUGGAGGCCAAUGGCACCGCUAGACUUAGAACUGAACCUGUCAAGACAAAGGUGAAUAAGAAGCCCCGUCAACCUGCUCAAGCACCAGAAGAUGUUGAGGAUGAAGAAGAAGAAGCACAAGACGAUGAUGAUACUUGGGAGGUUGCAGGUCGAGGCAAGAACAAGGCUCACCGUCGUCCAGUAGUACCACAUGCAGCUCCUACGCCUACCCACGUCACAGAGGCAUUGAAGGACCUUAAAGUAGAGGAUAAAGCAGAGGAAAUCCCUACAUCAUCCGAUGUUACUGACGCAAAGGAGACGACCGAUGCUCCUGCGGAGGAUGUCGAAAUCCAGAUUGGUGAGGAUGAUGAUGAGGAUAGUGAUGCCGGUGAAUGGAUUACACCAGAGAACGUGGUUCAAGUUAAAGCUGCAGAGCUGGGACACAAGUCCGAGGGUAAAGUCAGUAAAUUCCAAGUCAUGCAAGUUGCUUGUAUCACUGCGGAUUUUGCAAUGCAGAACGUUCUCCUUCAAAUGAACCUCAAUCUCGUUUCUACUGAUGGUAUGCGAGUGAAGCGUAUCAAGAAUUGGGUCAUGAGAUGCCAUGCUUGCUAUACUGUUACCAGCGAUAUGGAUAAGAAAUUCUGUCCCAAAUGCGGUAAUUCUUCGUUGAUGCGCACAUCCUGCAGUACCGAUCAGUAUGGAAAUGUGACCUAUUGGCUCAAGAAGAACUUCCAAUACAAUUUGCGAGGAACGAAGUACAACAUCCCGAAACCUCAAGGUGGUACCAAAGCUAACAACAUCGUUCUUCGAGAGGAUCAAAAGGAGUAUAUGAAGGCUAUGAACAGCCGACGAAAAAAGAAGCAGGUCAAUGCUUUUGAUCCAGAUUUCAUGCCUAGCUUUAAUUUGAACCCAGAAAAGCAAAUCAACAGCAAUAUGUACGGUACCGAGACCAUUGGAUUUGGUCGUAAAAAUCCAAAUGCCACUUCCAGACGAAGACGGUAGAUAGACAGACCAUUUUCUAAUUGUAUUUUUCAUCCAUAUCAAUCACACACAAUCAUGCAAAUAAUACCUAUCAUUUUCGAUGUUUCGUUGUCACUCUGA